AACUGCACCCACGUGUCCACAAGUUAUUUUCCACAAAGGCGCGGUAAACAACAGUCCAGUUUUGGCGCGACCCGACACAACCUUGUCAACAUGAUGGCUUCAGACGGCGUUAACGGCACUCCAGGCUGCCGAUUCAUUAAAGAAGAGACCGUGUACCAAGGCGAGUGGCUGUCCCUAGGAGUAACCACCUACCAAGAUCCACAAGGACAGCACAGAACGUGGGAGACUGUCAGAAGAACCACCAGAUGUGAUGGUUAUAAGACUGACGGUGCAACAGUUGUAGCAGUGUUGAAACGAGCCCUACACUAUGACCAGCUAAUCCUGGUGCAGCAGUUCAGGCCGGCCAUUAAUGCUUAUACCCUGGAGUUCCCCGCAGGCCUAUGUGAUGCAGGAGAGAGUGUGGAGGACUGUGCAAUCCGAGAACUACGGGAGGAGACCGGGUACACGGGCCAGGUCAUCCAGGUCUCACCAGCCACCUGCAUGGAUGCAGGACUGUCCAACUGUACCACCUGCCUGGUUACAGCACAGAUUGAUGGAGAUGACAUUGUGAACAUCAGACCAAAACCACACCCAGAGGAAGGAGAGUUCCUGAAAGUGCUGUACUUCCCCAUGAAUGAGCUCCUGACAAGGAUAAAUGAUUUCACUAAGAAGGAGGCAGUGACAGUGGACUCCCGUGUCUACAUGUACGCCAUGGCUCUGCAGCUGAGUAAGGGGAAGGACCCUGUACAGAGAAGCCCCGGCAGGAUCGACAAGAAAUAAAACUUCAGCACAACAAAAAACAGCUAAUUAAUAAAACCAUUCCCUUAGUUUAUUCCAAUAACCUGCCCUACUUUUAUUGGUUAGCUAAUAUCAUGGAAACUCAUCAUGAUCAGUCCUGUCUUGUUGUCAGCUGAAUGGGCCUCCUCUCCAAUUCUAGGGGCCUGACCUUUGGAAGGGCCUGCUAGAAGCAUGGUGUAGUCUGGUUAAUAUACGAAUACGAAGCCAAGCCAACACAGACCUAUGGGGUGAACAACUUGAACUCUUAUCUUGACCCCAACUAGUUAUAGUUUAGAAAAAGAGUCCAGUGACCAAGUCAGUCUAGAUUAUAAGCAUACUGUGACUUGUUAUUAGUAAUAUUAAUGUGUGUCAAAU